AUGGAAGCUCCUUGGACUAGGACUCCGGAGGAGAUCUUACAACACUACGGCGUAGACCCUCAGCGAGGGCUCACCUCUGAUCAAGCUUCUAAACACGCUGAACUGUAUGGAAAAAAUGUCUUACCGGAGGACCCUGCAACCCCUCUAUGGGAACUUAUACUUGAGCAGUUCAAGGACCAACUUGUCCUUAUUUUGCUCGCGUCGGCGGUAGUUUCCUUCGUAUUGGCUCUACUAGAAACCUCUGAGGACUCUUCUAUUGGAGGCGCGUUUGUGGAACCCCUCGUUAUCCUUCUUAUUUUGAUUGCGAACGCAACUGUCGGUGUCGUUCAAGAAUCGGGUGCGGAAAAAGCUAUUGAUGCAUUGAAGGAAUAUUCCCCAGACGAAGCCAAAGUCAUUCGCUCUAGCCAACUGGCUCGGAUUCAUGCCUCGGAGCUCGUUCCAGGUGACAUCAUUUCUGUCGCAGUAGGGGACAAAAUUCCUGCGGACUGUCGUCUUGUCUCCAUCUCUUCCAGCAGUUUUAGAAUCGAUCAAGCCAUCCUGACGGGAGAAAGUACAAGUGUGCACAAAUCGGUGGACGUCGUCUCUGGUGAGAAGGUCGUGAAACAAGAUAUGACUAAUAUUCUUUUCUGUGGGACAACUGUGGUCAAUGGCAACGCGAAAGCUAUCGUUGUAUACACGGGAGAAGACACGGCUAUUGGUGACAUUCACAAAUCUAUUACCUCACAAAUUUCCGAGAAAACGCCAUUGAAAAGGAAACUUGAUGACUUUGGAGACAUGCUUGCAAAGGUUAUUACCGUCAUCUGCAUCCUCGUCUGGCUUGUCAAUAUUCGUCAUUUUUGGGACCCUUCACAUCACGGAGUUCUCAAGGGAGCAAUCUACUAUUUCAAAAUCGCUGUCGCGCUCGCUGUUGCUGCUAUUCCGGAGGGUUUGGCCGCUGUCAUUACUGCAUGUCUCGCUCUAGGCACGAAGAAAAUGGCACAGAAGAAUGCUAUCGUCCGAAACCUUCCUAGCGUCGAGACACUGGGUUGUACCAAUGUUAUCUGCUCUGACAAGACCGGCACCCUCACAACCAAUCAAAUGAGUGUUUCGCGCUUUUUGGUUGUUGAUGCCAGCACUGGCGCACCCCGCGAGUACCAUGUAGAAGGUACCACCUUCGCGCCAUACGGGUCGAUCACCUGUGAUGGUGGCAAGGAGGCCUCCGCUGAACUCAAGUCGGAGCCCAUCCAACGUUUGGCAGAAAUCGCCUCGCUGUGCAAUGAUGCCAAGGUUGUAUACAAUCAGGAUAAGGAAACCUAUACCAAUGUCGGGGAACCAACCGAGGCUGCCCUGAAAGUUCUGGCAGAGAAGAUUGGAUGCCGCAACGCUGAACUGACUAAAUCCCUUGCAUCUCUUUCACCAGCGGUUCGUGCCAAUGCCGUCAACGAAUAUUUUGAGCAAACAAUACCCCGCCUCCUUACGUUUGAGUUUUCCCGUGAUCGGAAGAUGAUGUCCGUCCUCGUCAAACUCAACGAAUCGGGUUCCCUCUUUGUCAAAGGCGCGCCAGAGUCGGUUUUGGAUCGGUGCAACUCAGUCCUUGUCAACGGCAAGACGAUUCCGCUGACUCCCGCUCUACGUGCUACUCUCCUCGACCGCACAGUGUCCUAUGGUUCCAAUGGUCUACGUACCCUCGCUCUCGCAUACCGCAACGUCCAGGAUGUCGAUUCCGCUCACUAUCGCUCUGAGAGUUCAAAAGAUUACGCCCGUUUCGAACAAGACUUGACCUUCGUUUCCCUCGUCGGCAUGUUGGACCCCCCUCGCCCUGAAGUUCGGGAGGCCGUGGCCAACUGUAAAGCUGCUGGUAUUAGAGUUAUUUGCAUCACCGGAGAUAAUAAGGGAACCGCGGAGACAAUCUGCAGGCAGAUCGGGAUUUUCGAUGCUGAUGAAGAUUUGACUGGCAAGAGUUAUACUGGUCGUGAAUUAGAUGCCCUCAGUGAGGAAGAGAAAAUAGAAGCCGUACAAAGGGCUAGCUUAUUCAGUCGAACAGAGCCUGGACACAAGAGCAAGCUGGUAGAUCUCUUGCAAGGUUUGGGUCUAGUUGUUGCUAUGACUGGAGAUGGAGUCAACGACGCGCCUGCUUUGAAAAAGGCUGAUAUUGGCGUGGCCAUGGGAAGUGGAACAGACGUCGCUAAACUAGCCGCGGAUAUGGUUUUGGCCGAUUCCAAUUUUGCAACCAUCGAAAAAGCCGUCGAGGAAGGUAGACUUAUUUAUAACAACACGAAGCAAUUUAUUCGAUACCUCAUCUCAUCCAAUAUUGGUGAAGUCGUCAGCAUCUUCCUGACUGUGCUCUUGGGCAUGCCGGAAGCUUUGAUUCCUGUUCAACUCCUCUGGGUUAACUUGGUCACGGACAGUCUACCGGCUACAGCUCUCGGUUUCAAUCCUUCUGAUCACUCCAUCAUGCGUCUUCCGCCAAGGAACAGCCGAGAGCCUCUGGUUGGCAAAUGGUUGUUCUUUAGGUACAUGGUUGUGGGUAUCUAUGUUGGUUGCGCCACCGUCUUUGGCUAUGCUUGGUGGUUCGUGUACUAUGCCGGAGGUCCCCAGAUUACCUUUUACCAACUUACCCAUUUCCACGAGUGCGCGGCGCAAUUCUCGUCCAUCGGAUGUGAAAUGUUUACUAACACCAUGUCACAUCGAGCAACGACAAUGAGCUUGUCAAUUCUUGUGACGGUGGAGAUGUUCAACGCCAUGAACUCUCUCUCCGAGAACGAGAGCUUACUUUCUUUGCCUUUAUGGAAGAACAUGUAUCUUGUCGGCGCCAUCACCCUCAGCAUGGCCCUUCACUUCAUGAUCCUCUAUGUUCCUUUCUUUACCAAAAUAUUUGUUAUUACCCCACUUAACUGGACGGAAUGGCAAGCCGUGUUGUACCUUAGUGCCCCUGUAAUUUUGAUCGACGAGAUCCUCAAGUUCAUCUCGAGAACAUUUGUGGACCCUCCUACGAAGCUAAAGCGCGAGUGAUAUGUAGAUAUGUAGUCGAUAGAGUCUAUACUACAUACCAGGCAUCUCACG